ACAAAACAAAUAAAUAAACAGACGGGGAAAAGUGUCGUGGCAUACGGGUGCGACGCUCGGUCGGCACUCGAGCUGUGUGAAAUUCCUGUGCGCUAAUCCUGGGCCCCUCCAUUCACCGAUUGAGUGGCGCUGAAGCGAAUGAGCCAUGGACGGGGCGGCAGACAGCGAGCUCGGCCAAGCCGCUUGCGCCAAUAACGGCCUCGUAAUGCACGAUGGUGAAAAUACCAACGGAAGCUUCGACGAUACUAAUGGCCUCUCGACAAAUUGCCUACAUUUCUACAGUGCUUGCAGCUGUGGAAAUAAGAAUUCGAGACCCGACAGCCCCAACAGCGUCAUGGCGAACGGCCAGUUCCCCAAGCUGGAGGUGCCUCCGGGCCGCACGCACCUCGAGGACCUGCCCAACGAGAUCUCCGCGCCCUACGAGGUGCCGCAGUUCCCCAUCGAGCAGAUCGAGACGAGGCUGGCCAUGCAGAGACAGCUGUGCCGCUGGAGGACCUGCAGGUGGCGUCCCGGCUGCUCGUGCAGGCGCUGCACGUGCGCGAGCGCUACAUGGCCGUGUCCAGCCAGAACUUCCCCACGGUGACGGCCCGCUUCCUGCGCACCGUGGGCUCGGGCAACCCGCACGUCCUGGACACCGUCAAGCACGAGGACAAGAAGACGAUUCAAGAUCAUCCUGUUCAUCCACCUGCCAGCCGUGGUGAUCCUUGGGAGUGUGAAUUCCCUAAACCAAAAGGAUAUGUGAUAAAAGCUGUGGAUGGAGUCUUUCAGCUAUACAAGGACCAAGAUGCUGUGGAGAAAAAUGAACCCGUGAACUAUUCUUAUCCAAAUCUUGCAACAUUUGUGCAGGAUAUGAAUUUGUUGUGUACCAUGAUUGCAGAUGGCCCACUGAAAUCAUUUUGCUAUCGACGCCUUAGCUAUUUAUCCUCUAAAUUCCAACUUCAUGUGCUUUUGAACGAAAUGAGAGAACUAGCUUCACAGAAAGCUGUUCCCCACAGGGAUUUUUACAACAUUAGGAAGGUUGAUACUCACAUUCAUGCUGCAUCUUGCAUGAAUCAGAAGCAUUUACUUCGUUUCAUAAAGAAAACACUGAAAAACCAUGCUGAUGAAGUUGUAACAGUCAACAAAGGCCCAAUGACUCUGAAAGAAGUCUUCCAGUCCAUGAAUUUGACGUCAUAUGACCUCACAGUUGAUAUGCUCGAUGUCCAUGCAGACCGAAAUACAUUCCAUCGAUUUGACAAAUUUAAUGCCAAAUAUAAUCCCAUUGGAGAAAGCAGGUUGCGAGAGGUCUUUCUCAAAACUGAUAAUUAUUUGAAUGGGAAAUAUUUCGCAAGAAUCAUUAAUGAAGUAGCAUCGGAUUUGGAAGAGAGCAAGUAUCAAAAUGCUGAGCUUCGUCUGUCAAUUUAUGGAAAAUCCCCUGAUGAAUGGGACAAACUAGCAACAUGGGCUAUCACCUAUGAUGUGUACUCUGACAAUGUUCGUUGGUUGAUUCAGAUCCCUCGUCUGUAUGAUAUUUUUAAGUCAAACAAUCUCAUGAAGAAUUUCCAGGAGAUUUUGAACAAUAUUUUCAAACCAUUAUUUGAGGUGACAAAUGACCCUAAUACACAUCCUGCACUGCACAAAUUCUUGCAGUAUGUUAUUGGGUUUGACUCAGUGGAUGAUGAAAGCAAACCAGAGAACCCUCUGUUUGACAAAGAUGUCCCUCCACCUAAUGAAUGGUGUGAUGUGGAGAAUCCCCCUUACGCUUACUAUUUGUAUUACACUUAUGCUAAUUUGACAGUUUUGAAUGCCUUCCGCAAGGAACAAGGCUUGAAUACCUUUGUACUGCGUCCUCAUUGUGGUGAAGCUGGACCCAUUCAGCAUUUGGUUUGUGGCUUCAUGAUGGCUGAGAAUAUAUCUCAUGGCCUUCUUUUGCGCAAGGUACCAGUUCUACAGUAUCUUUACUACCUGGCUCAGAUCGGCAUAGCAAUGUCACCUCUCAGCAACAACUCCUUGUUCUUGAAUUAUCAUCGUAACCCUCUUCCUGAAUAUUUGGCAAGAGGUUUAAUCGUCAGUCUCUCCACUGAUGAUCCCCUGCAAUUCCAUUUCACAAAAGAACCAUUGAUGGAAGAAUACAGCAUUGCAGCUCAGGUUUGGAAACUGAGCAGCUGUGAUAUGAGUGAACUUGCUCGUAAUUCUGUCUCAAUGAGUGGCUUCCCCCACAAGAUGAAGCAGUAUUGGUUGGGUCCAAACUACACCAGAGAAGGUGUAGCUGGUAAUGACAUCACACGCACUAAUGUCCCUGACAUUCGAGUUGCUUAUCGUCAGGAAACACUUUUGGAUGAACUCUACAACAUCUUCAAUGUGGCUGAAAAGGAGGGAGUGCCACUAUGACGGCCAGCCCGGCGCCGACGAUGUCGACGUUCAACUCUCUUUUGAGUAAUAUAGGGCCUUAAAAAACAAAAACAAAAACAAGGUUCUCUCCGUGUACUGGUCAUGUCCAAAACUGUGAGUACAUUUCUGUACUGUAUUCAUUUUGGGUGCCAGUUGACUGUAGUAUAGAUAUUAAUUGAUCUUUGAAAAGAAAUUUUUCUAUUAGACUAGUGUUAUAUAAAUGGGAAAAAACAGCAGUUUAUAAAACUAGCUUUCCAACUAUUGCCUUCUUUAUUCAGGAGCUUAUCGAUAUUUGAAGAGAUUUGUCAUCAACAAGGUUGUAGCAUUUGCUAAUUUGGAUGUGUUAGCAUUUUAGACUCAGAAAGAAAUGAAAGUUAAAGUCUGUCACACUGAAGAAGUGUGACUCAUAGAAAUUGGCAAUCAGCUUAUCAUUCUAUAUCAAUUCUACUUUCUCUCAAUGAUUCUGCUUUUAGCUCAUGGUGAUCAUUAAAUUGUGAUUUUUUUUCUUAUUUUGAUGUAUAGUGUCUAGAGACAUCUCUAUUGUUAACCAAUGUUGAUUUUAGGAAAGAAAUAUGUCUGUGAUUGUGAUUUUCCAUCUUUCUUAUUUCUCUCUGUUUUAUUUUUUAAUCUAAUUAAAUUUUGCCUGUGCCUAUAAUGAAAAAGAAGAGAAGUAAAGUGUUAAGAUUUGAGGAGUAAUGGUUUGGAAUUACGAUAGACACUGGUUAUGUACAGACAUUACAACAUUUGUAUAUCAGGUGUGUACACAUUAUAUUUCUAUUUAUUUACUUUUUAAUCACAUGCAGUGUUAGGAAAUUGCUUUUCUGCAAUGUGCAAGAACAUCAAUUUUUAUCGGCUUUGCUUUGAGCUGUUCUCCAAAAUUAAAUGAGUUUGAUGUACUAACUACUGCCUAUUACAUUAGGCGUAGAAAUCCGCAAUUGAAUUUUGUGAUAAACCUUUAAUAGUAGAAUCAACUGUGCUAAUCUGAUUUAAUUGCCGAGUUUGAUAGUAUCAUGUGAGCAUCUGUAAUUUUUUUUCCAUGUCAGUUAUUAGUUUCUGAAUCAACCAAUAGAAGUUGUAUAGUAGUUUGACUGUAAUCCAUGUAUUUUGUGUAUUUUUUGUACCAUUUAAAUGUGAACCAAAUAAAGAACUUUUCCACUCCUGA